AUGCUUGGUAGUGGAGUCGGAAAAUCGUUUAUCAACAAGGAUAGCAGCAUUCAAUCACCGAUCUCGAAUGAAUUUAAUAGAUCAUCUGGAUUUGAUACAACUUCAUUAUUCGAUCGCAUAUUUCCGUUUUCACCGUUGGAGCGUUACAAAAACGCUUCAUUACGCCAUAUGUCAAAUGGUGAUAUCGGCUCGCCAACAUAUGGUAUUGUACGAAAUAUUCCAAUUAAAGUUGAAAAUGUAAGAGUUUUGUUGAAGUUAAUCUCUUGCAAAGUUUUCGUUUCUAUCAUGAAAAUAGCAAAACGAAAUGGUCUAAAAAUGAACAAAGCGGAAUGGAGUUUUUCACUGAUAAAAUAUGAACUGUACGUAUAUGUUGGUACUUUUGGUUCUUAG